CCAAACUUUUCUGUCUCCACAGCAAACAUCUUGACUGUCAUCAUCCUCUCACAGUUGGUGGCUCGCAGACAGAAGUCCUCCUAUAACUAUCUCCUAGCUCUAGCGGCUGCCGACAUACUGGUACUCUUCUUCAUUGUCUUUGUCGAUUUUUUGAUGGAGGACUUCAUCUUGAAUAAGCAGAUGCCUCAGGUACUGGACAAAAUAAUUGAGGUCUUGGAAUUUUCUUCCAUUCAUACAUCCAUUUGGAUUACUGUGCCACUAACAAUUGAUAGAUAUAUAGCAGUAUGCCACCCACUUAAGUAUCACACAGUCUCCUACCCAGCUCGUACUCGAAAAGUCAUUGUAAGCGUUUAUAUCACCUGCUUUCUGACCAGCAUCCCCUACUACUGGUGGCCCAAUAUUUGGAUUGAAGACUACAUAAGCACAUCUGUACAUCAUGUCCUCAUCUGGAUCCACUGUUUUACCGUUUACUUAGUGCCGUGCUCGAUUUUCUUCAUUCUGAAUUCAAUCAUUGUGUACAAGCUCAGACGAAAAUGCAAUUUCAGACUGAGAGGAUACUCCACAGGGAAAACGACAGCCAUUUUGUUUACUAUAACAUCUAUUUUUGCCAUACUUUGGGCACCAAGAAUAAUCAUGAUAUUGUAUCACCUCUAUGUAUCACCUAUAAACAACAGCUGGUUGGUACAUAUUGUGUCGGACAUUGCUAAUAUGCUAGCAUUGUUGAACACUGCAAUUAAUUUCUUCCUCUACUGUUUUAUUAGCAAGAGAUUUCGCACAAUGGCAGCUGCGACACUAAAAGCUUUCUUUAAGUGUCAGAAACAACCCGUGCAGUUCUAUACAAACCAUAACUUUUCAAUAACUAGCAGCCCUUGGAUUUCCCCUGCCAAUUCUCACUGCAUCAAAAUGCUUGUUUACCAGUAUGAUAAGAAUGGAAAGCCUAUAAAAAUAUCACCAUGACAAGGGGGAUCACUGGUUUCUCAGGGUGCAACUUCUUUUCAAGCAGUUACACCUACAGGAUGUAAUUGCUAAAAUGGCUAUUUUUAAGAGUGGUCAUUUGAUUUCAUUUCCUUGCAACACUAAGAGGCAGACCAGACUGUUAGAAGAGAAUGGGAGUGCUUGAGUUGGAGAGUCAGAACAACAAGGCAAAAUGCCUCUGCUUGUUACAUAGCAUUUUGAAUAGGCUUUGGAGUAUGAGUUUUUAUGUUCAAUUGCUAUCAAAUGUUCCAUGUUCAAGCACCAGUGCAGUGCAGAGUUGUUAAGGGAAAAACCACAAGGGGGUUUAAUUACAACUGUAACACAACUUGUGUGCCCAUCUAGUUCUCUUCACUAUUGACACAACAACCGAAAGCUUUCUGUACUGGGGAGGGCACCACUUGCAUUGUGUGCAUUUUCCUGAAACCCAUGUGUCAUUUCUGACAUGAAAUGUUGCCGCACAGGCUCUCUUGUUGAGGACUUUCUGCAUUCUUGCAAGCUGCAAGACAUCUGAACUGUGACAAGCCUUUCUAGGCUCAUUUGAACAAGGCUCAAGGAUUAUUUCACCUUUUGUAGCCUUGGCAUGAAAAGCAAUCCCGCAAGCUACCAAUAUUUAUAUGUUUUAAGUUAUUUCCUUUAAAAAGGCCAGAUGGGAAGAGCUGGGGAGGAGAGUUCCUGAGCUGAGAAUGAAAGUAGCACAUUUCUACGGCAACUUGAAUUAGUCUCUCCAGAAGCAUGAGUGUGGGGACAAAUCUGGUUUCUACUGGACCUGAUUGUGUGAGAUAUGUAUAAAGCCCUCACCUCCCUUGGAACCCAGUCAGAAUACGCACCCUCCCACAACAUUUGGCCUUUACAGAUUAUAUAGCUACAAACAUUAAAAUACAAAAAUUUUUUGGAGAGUUCUUGUCUAUGGUAUGACAGGUUUGCCAGUGGCUUGUUUACUUCAAAAUCUGUUUGUGGAAUACACAUAUUCAAGACCCCACAGCAGUAAAAUCAAAGGCUACCCAAAAUGCUUGAAUAGGGUCCUUUACGCUGUCUUAAAUAGGAUAAAUAUUUAACUGUUCUUCCUUUACGCUGAGAAGCAGCAUAUCAGCAACAGAGUGUAGAAGACUUUGGGGAAAAUGUUUAUAGAAGGCUGAGAGUACAUUUCACUUGCUGUUAUUCCUCCUUAGUGCUCGGUAUGUGGUCUCCAUGUGUGCAUUGUAGCACUUACAUUACUUGUUGGGCAUUUAACACACGCCUUAAAAAAUAAUGUGAACAUAUUUCCUUGCAUGGUAAACACAAGCACAACUUUGGCAGUGAAUGUAGGGGCUUCUCAACUGAUAAUAGUAAGAUGGUUGCCCACCACUGGCAGUGUUUGUGUAUAUGCAGUUUUUGUUACACUUUGUGAGCUGACUAGGGACCCACCAAUGUGGCAUGAAAUCCUCCUUGAGGGGAGUUAAGCCCACUGGGUUCAGUGGAACAGCAACACUGAGUCCCUCUCGAGGAUGAAGUCGGGCAAACUAACAGCCUGCCAUACUAGAGGUGGUUUCAAUAUUGUAAGGGCCUCAGAAAUGCAGAAUACCCACAGGUUCCCAUUGAAGUUAGGCAGAGGGGACUGCCCUCUGGCCACUGACACCUUGAACAGCCAUCUGUGCCUGUGCAGGGAAACAGGGAAAUGCCAAGUACAAGGCAACGAAGAAUGAGUCCCAGAUCACCUGAUACAACAAACCCUUCAUUUACAUGAGGGAGCCUCACUGAAGAGAGACUAUCACUUGGAUAAGUCUGAAAUUUGAAGCAUUGCGAACAUUAUGGCCCAAUUUUCAACUGCUGUGGACCAGCAUAGCUAUAAUGACUUCAGUGGAGCUGCCUUAUUUUGUACCAGCUGAUGAUUUAGUCAUUGACUUCAGGUGAGAACGAAGGGUACUCUGCAUGUCCUGCUUCAUGCUGUUGUAUUAUAUAUUCGUUCUCCCCGAGAUUGGCAGAGGUGUAUCUGGAGGGGAUAUCAGAGAGCAGAAUUUGACCCUCUCCCCCAGCGCAGCAUGGCAAAGUUAAAAAUUUAAUCUUCUGAAAUGUGGAGAGAAAGGGGAAAAAUGUCUUCUGGGUCUUUUUCACUGUAAAUCUUGACAAAAUAUGGUGUCUGUAAAAUAUGAAUCGCAAUAAUAAAGAAAUGCUAGGCCUUUUAAUAUUUGGUAACAGCUAAUAACUACAAUGAGAGCAAAAUUAUUAAGCUCUUUCACUAUCAACUUGGAUUUUUUUGUGCUCUCCCAAACCUCUCUCUACUUUUUCUUUGUAAAUUGAUAUUAACCAAAGUUUACCACAGAAAAAAAAAGGUACUGUAUAUGUUUAGUUUUGGGGAAAACACUAUAUUUAUAUCUUUUUUUAUUUUUAAAUUUGCUAUGAGGAAUGCUAGUCUGAGUUACCAUGUGAACAAGUCAAAGUGCAAUAUACCUAUAUAGCAUAAGUGGUUUGUUUUUGAGGAAGUAUAUAAUAUUAAACAAUAAUACUUAUUUAUAUAAAAAUUUCACUAUUCUACUUUAAUAUAUUAGUAAUCUUACAUAAAUAAAUGAAUGUUUAGGGUUUUUUAAUAUUUCAAUUUAGUACAUGGAGUAUUUUGCCAUAUAUAUAUCAUUUAUUACUUUUCUUAACAUCAUGUUUGUCCACCUCAUCAUAUUUUCACAAAUGGCCAUAUUUAAAGGUAAAUAUGUCAACCUAAGAUUUGAUUUGGAAUGAAAGAUAUUCCAUCAGGUUAUUGUGACAAUGUUUUAAAAACAAGCCUUAGUAUUUUCAUAUCAAUCUUUGCAAUGCCAUGGUGUUAGUUCCAUAUGCAUUAAUUAGCCAUUUCUGUUUGGGUGAUUUUAGGGCUCUAUGUGGCUGGUAUGAAACACAUUGAGGGCAAUGCGAGGUUUUUCCAUUAACCUCAGUGGACUUUGGAUCAGACCAUAACUUGUUAACAAUAAACAUUUUGAAGCCUUUUUGGGGACCAGUUUGGGUAACUAAAAGGGCCUUGCCUUUUUAGUCCACCGUAUGGGAGCUGCUGUUGAUAAUACUUGCCUUAUUUUUUGGUUUUGUGAAGUAUCUUGCAAUGACUGUUGUUAAACUAGCCAAUGUCUUGCUGUAUUGUUCGUACCUCCUAAUUUUCCUAUAGUAUAAAACUUAACCAAGCACAUGCUGUCUCAUUAUUUAGGGAAAAAAUUUAUCCUGGAGAUGGAAAAUUCUUGGUAGGGAAGAAGGAGACUCAAACUUGAUUCAACUUAUUUUCAAAUAUCUACAAUUAGAAAAAAAAAAAGCUGUGAAUGGACAGCAUGACAAUUUCUCAUAAGCAUGUGUCCUUGAAAAUCACAGUGAAGACAGUAAUUUUUAAAUAUGCUGUUGACUAUAUAAAAUGAUGAGACCUGUCACCUACUCAAAAUUGUGAAUAUUGAUAUUUUCAUAAGUAGAGAAUAUAUUGUGUUGAUAAACCUGUUUGUAUUAUAAUAAAUUCUGAGCUGGUGCAAAAUUA